UUCCAGAAAAGGUCUUUUGAGAGAAGGAGGAGGGGAAAAAAGGAAAGAAAAUAAUGUGUAUUUUCCUUUGAUUUUUCCAUAUAUCUUCUCUCCUUUCUCUCCUUUAAAGAAAUAAUAAUGGAAGUUGACGGUGAAGGAGUAGUAGUAGUUCCAUCUCCACCGCAUGAUGAUGGUGAUGAUCAUCCUCAUUUAUCACCCGUUGGAUCGCCUGACUCUGAUCAUCUUUCUCAGCCGUCUGAUCAACUCCAUCCCCAAGUCACACCCACUGUUCUCACCGAUGAUCUUCGUAUCAAGAUCGUCAAGCAGGUUGAGUAUUACUUCAGCGAUGAAAAUUUACCUACUGACAAGUUUCUGCUGAAGUAUGUGACUAGAGACAAGGAAGGGUUUGUCCCGGUGAAAGUAAUUGCUUCUUUUAGAAAAGUCAAGAAGCUUACGAGGGAGACAUCAAUAAUAUCGGCUGCACUUAGGGAAUCUUCUUUUCUUGUUGUAAGUCCUGAUGGUGGAAAGGUGAAGCGACUUCAUCCUCUUCCAUUAAGUGAGAUUAAAGAUCCCAAGGUUUGUACCGUGUUGGUGGAAAAUCUACCUGAGGAUCGUUCCGUGGAUAACCUUAGGCGCAUAUUUGGCCAGGCUGGGAAUGUAAAGCAUAUUACCAUCCGUGAUCCACACACUGAAAGAGAUCCCCGAAAAUGCACUACUGCUGAGAAGCUGCUCAGUGGAAAGUUGCAUGCUCUUGUGGAAUAUAGCACAGUGGAAGCUGCUGAAAAAGCUGUGGCCAUUUUGAAUGAUGAACAGGAUUGGAGAUUUGGCUUGCGAGUCAAGCUUCUCAUGAAAACAAACAAGCCUGGCCAAAGUAAGAAAGGCUGGAGAGAUCAAGAUUCCGAUAGGAAUAACAAUAUCCAAGCAUCUGAUCUGGCAGUUAAUGAAGAAAACCAUUCAAGCGAACAUCGCGUUGAUUCACAAGAUGAAGAGGAAGGAGAUCUUCUAUCAAAAGGGACCAUUGUGGAGCAUGCACAAGUGGAGAAAAAUGGGCCCAGGGUGCCAACCAGAAACCGAGGUCGUGGAAGGAGAAACAAGCGUGGCAUACAUGGACAUGGCCAUGGAACUACUACUUCCAGUCAUGCGGUUGAACCAUCGAAACCUCCUCCUGGUCCAAAAAUGCCUGACGGAACCAGAGGAUUUACUAUGGGACGAGGCCGGCCACUUUCUUCAUCUCCAAGCUAAUGAUGUUUUUUUUCAAAUGUGUCUUAUUGCAAAUAUAUGAUGUGUUUGAGGAUUGGUUUUGCUAUUGUCAAUGUGAAAAAUGCUUGGAUUAUGA